GGCGUCGGGCGGCCGCCGGAAGUUAUGGCACGCCGCCUUCCGGUGCGGCCUGUGGGAGCCGGCGCGGUGGGUAAGCGACGGGCGGGACUCGCGGCGGGUUGCGGGGACGGGCCCGGGCAGGUAAUGGGCCCCGUCCCCCAUCUUGGGUGCUGCGCGGUGAGGGGCGGGCCGGGGCGGCGGCGGCGGCCUCACGCGGUGUCGCUCUCCGCAGGCAUUCCGGCCGCCCCGCCUGGAGCAGCGCGAUGGCGUCGGUGAUGAUGGCCACCUCGGAGUGGAUCCAGUUUUUCAAGGAAGCCGGGAUCCCGCCGGGCCCCGCGGUCAACUACGCCGUCACGUUCGUGGAUAACAGGAUCCAGAAGAACAUGCUGCUGGAUCUCAAUAAGGAGAUCAUGAACGAGCUGGGUAUCACAGUAGUUGGCGAUAUUAUUGCCAUUCUGAAGCACGCUAAACUGGUAUACCGGCAGGAAAUGUGCAAAGCUGCAACAGAAUCGGUGGCCUCCAGCCAAAUUGCUUUGCAAUCCGAACUCCGCAGAAAUGCUAAUACUGUUGUGAUCUUACCAAUUUCUGCAGCUGCCACCAGGAUGAUUGCCAACAGUUUGAGCCGAGACUCUCCCCCUUCUACUCCUGUUCGGAGGCCUGACACCAGUGCCUCCAAAAUCUCCAUCACUGUAUCCAACAAAAUGGCAGGAAAAAGCACCAAAGCAGCUGUUUGCGCUCCUCGGGCUGAGAAUCCCACCAUCCCAGUGAAGCGGCGCCGCGUCACAGCAGAGAUGGAAGGGAAGUACAUUGUCCACAUGCCCAAAGGAACAACUCCUAGGACCAAGAAGAUCCUGGAGCAGCAGCAGGCAGCAAAAGGUUUGCAAAGAACUUCUGUGUUUGACCGGCUUGGUGCAGAGACUGGUGGAGACACAGCAAUAGGGAGCAAGCCCACAGGAGUGUUCAGCCGGCUGGGGGAUGUGCAGGAGGACAAAGCACCUGACAGCGAUGACGACAGCUCUGUCCUGCAGUAUGCAGGAGUGCUGAAAAGACCCUCCCAGCCCAAGGAGAGCUGCAAAGUUGGUGUCACCAUCAAGGCCAAAGCUACCAGCUCUGAGCCCAAGCAGGUGGCGGCAGGAGCCGCCACCACUGCAAUCCAGCGACGCGGGAGCAAGAGCGUGGCUGGAUCUGCAGCUCCUGCCAAGGAAGAAGAGAUGCAGGGCUUGUCAACUGCCCCAGGCAGUGUGGCCAAGAGACUGGGCAAGCGCUCGCUGAAACUCCUCCAAGCCCAGGACAGCAGCGUUACCAGUUCCAGGAGCAGGCCUGACUCUUCCUUCCGAGUCACCAUAAACAGAACUUUAGGGAGCUCCAAGGUAAGCAGCUCCAGCCCUGCAGAGCCCCCCAGCGCUCAGAUGGACCACACGGGCACCAUCAGUGUCUUUAAGAGGCUCGGCAGGAAAACUGUGAGCCUAACCUGAGACCCCGCUUGGAGGGAGCCUUCAGACGAGGAGGGCAAGCGUGUGUGUGUGUGUUCAUCUCUUGCGUCAGCUCCCUUUGUGAUGUGAGCGGGAGGCUGCACUCCAGAGCCGAUGCGGGUCUGCUUCUGUGAAGCUCUCGGUUGGUUCUCCCACCACUCCCUGCGUCCAGAGUUGCUUAGGGCCAAGUGAGGGGUUUUGGGCUGCCCUCUGAACACACCUUUUGUUUUUUCUCUGCAGGUGUUUGCUCUAUCCUAGGAAGUAGUGUCCGUAAGAGACAGGCGGUCCCUUCUUUUCCCUUCUCUGUCCUGAGUUUUCAUCUGCCGAUCCUGGAACACCCGCAUUCCAGGAAGGGCAACUGCCAGAUUUUUCUUUUAGUGGAUGCUGGAGCUGUGCAAUUGGCAAGGCAGGUCCGGCAGUGUUCUGGGUUUCUUUUCUUCUUUCCUUUUCGGUUUUUUUAGAAUGGUUGAGAAACGCCCUUGUCUUACACGUCAGGAUUCCUGACUGGUCUAGCUCCGUUUCUUUUGCUGCACUCUUGAAUAAGUUGUUUUUGGACUGGGGUGUGUGUGUGCAAAUGGCUGCACCCAUAUUUCCUCUCUGACCUUUCUUGAGCAAACAAAAACAAACCCAUUUUUUUUUAAAGCGCUCAUCUGAUGUCUUGAGGCUCUUCUCUCAUCUGCCGUUUUGAAGCCACGGUAUUUCUCCAGCCCUCGCCCCGCUUUGUGACUUGGGCUGUCUGUCUCAGGAGUGGGGGGAAUCUUAGAUUGCAGAAGACACACAUCCUCACCCAGCUUAGAUCGCGCCCCUCCAUCCACCAGCUGACAGGAUUUGGGGUAGGGCAGGCUCAGCUUUGGCAUUAGGAAAUGACUGGGCAUUGCAAGUUUAAUGAGAGGUAGAUCUGCCAGGAAAGGGUGCCUGGUACUGAUGGACCCCUACUGUUUCCCACCGUAAAAAGCCUUGGCUCUCCCUGGCGUUUACAACCUCCUUUAGAGAAGACCGGUGAAGCCCCCGCCCCAGCAAGAUCUCCUGGGGGAUCCCUCACCCGCAGGGACUUACGUUUCUUGACGUUUCUUGCAAAGAAAUUUCACGGAUGCCAGCAGGGACCGGUGCCAGGCAAGUGGGAGAAAGAGAGGUCAGUGUGCCCUGAGGCCUCCCUGCCCCAAGGGCUGCCCAGAGGCCAGACCGACUACAGACCCGCGGGCUGAUCGGCUGGAGGGCGGCCAAGUCAGGCACCCAAGGGGGCUUCGCUACUUGAAAGCGGGUUUGUCAAUCGGAGUCGUUGUACAUCAGGAUGGUGUGAACGGCCGAUCACAAUAAAAGGUGUCUCCGCUUG